AUGUCUUCCUCGUAUACUGAAGCCGAGGUGGCAAGACCGGAUCCCAGACAGGCACAUAAUGGAGCGAACUGGGAUCCUCAGCACUUGCGCCAUGCUGAGAUAACUACAGUUAUGCAGGAGUUGCCACCUCUCACGCAUGGAACACGAGAAGCUGCCCAAAUGACCAGUCUAAGGAGGUCAAUUCCGGUGCUACAAGGAUACUCUGAAAACUUCCCUGAAGCGACUGCAGAUCAACCCGAUAGACUGGGAAGACCUCGCCUGGGACCGACCUACGUGGAGGAGAACAGUGAAGACAGGCGCAGCAGUCUUCGAGGCCAACCGCAUCACCGCCGCAAAACCAGACGCCAGAAACGCAAAUCUCAACUGACGUCGCCACCUCACAACGCCAAUGCCCAACCGACUCCAAUGUGCCCAUGA